AUGGAGCAUAAACUAGCCGCCGCAGAGGAUAAAGUUCUGCAAUGUCUAGCCAAUCAUCUUCUGAUUGAAAAGUUGAAGCAGGAGUCUCCGGAUAAUGACACUCCUGAGCAGAGUCUAGUUCGAUUGACUGUUGAGCAUCCGGCUUACUCGGUAGACUAUUCAUUCCAACCAUACUCUGAGGGCUGGUUUGUAUCCGAUGUUGGAAUGAAGAUGUCGAAAGUGAUGAAAUCAACGGAAAUUAUAGCUGUUGAUUGUGAGAUGGUUCUUUGUGAAGAUGGGACUGAAGGUUUGGUUAGAGUUGGCGUUGUAGACCGUGAUUUAAAGGUGAUCCUUGACACAUUUGUGAAACCGGACAAACCCAUUGUUGACUAUAGGACAGACAUUACAGGGAUCACUGCUGAAGAUAUCGAAAAAGCUACUCUCUCUGUGGCAGAUGUACAGGAAACUUUGCAGCCUUUUCUUUCUAAGGGUACAAUUUUGGUAGGUCACAGUCUGAACAAAGAUUUGGAAGUGUUGAAGAUAGAUCAUCCCAAAGUAAUCGAUACCUCACUUGUAUUCAAGUAUCCCAAUGCACGAAAGCUCAGAAGACCUUCACUCAACAACCUUUGCGAGGCCGGCAUUCCUCAUGAUUGUGUGCAAGACGCACCAGCUGCGAUGAAACUUGUACUCGGUGUUGUAGAGAAAAGAGUUGGCACAACAAUCUUACCAUCUAAAGAGAUGUUGGAGGCUGAGAAAGCAAAACUCUUUCUACAUAAAAUCCCUCGCAAUGUGCCACCUGAAGAGCUGGAACAAGUUCUCUCUGGAAAGUUUACACUUGAUGUUAAGCCAGCAAGAACACAGAGAGGUUACUAUUGUGCAUUUGUUGUUUUCGAGAGUUCAGAAGAAGCAGAUCAAGCAUUUGAAGAUGUUGAUGGAAACCAAAUGACGGAUUCAUUGGGGUUGCCACAUAAACUGAUCGUCUUUAAGCUGCGUUCGGGAUCAAGAGCUAGUUUAUUUGUCCGUAAGAUGGUUGAAGAUGAAUGA